AGGCCGCUGAUUGGCUUUCGUACUGGCGCCUAUCUCGGCCUCCGCGCCAGUUUCAGGCUGGUUGGCGCGGAACAGGGAUACUAUAGGACCAUGGCGCCGGUGAAUGGAGAGGACUGCAACCUGGAGACAAGCGCUGUGUCAGAUUCUGGGAGUUUUGCAGCUUCCCGAGCUCGCCGAGAAAAAAAAUCAAAGAAAGGACGCCAAGAAGCUUUAGAGAGACUGAAAAAGACUAAAGCUGGUGAGAAGUAUAAAUAUGAAGUUGAGGACCUCACAAGUGUUUAUGAAGAAGUUGAUGAAGAGCAGUAUUCGAAACUGGUUCAGGCACGUCAGGAUGAUGACUGGAUCGUGGAUGAUGAUGGUACAGGCUAUGUGGAAGAUGGCAGAGAGAUUUUUGAUGAUGACCUUGAAGAUGAUGCACUUGACACCUGUGGGAAAGGAAGUGAUGGCAAAGCACACAGAAAGGACAGGAAGGACGUAAAGAAACCUUCAGUAACAAAACCAAACAAUAUCAAGGCAAUGUUCAUUGCUAGUGCUGGGAAGAAAACUACAGAUAAAGCAAUAGACUUGUCGAAGGAUGAUCUGCUAGGUGACAUUCUACAGGAUCUGAACACUGAGACAGCUCAAAUAGCUCCACCACCUGUAUUGAUACCAAAGAAAAAAAGAUCUACUGGAGCUUUGCUCAAUCCUUUCUCAGUGCAUACCGCUAAGGCAAUUCCUUCAGGAAAACCUGCUUCCCUUGUCCUCAGGAAUGAGCCUCUGUUAACUCCCAUUCCUCUUAAAAGUGCUGAAUUUGCUGGAGAGCUGGCUCAGCCAGAGUGUCCAGAAGAUGAGCAGGAGCCAGGGGUAAUGGAGUUUGAAGAUGGUGACUUUGAUGAGCCCAUGGACACAGAGAAGGUAGAUGAGAAGCCUGUGACUGCUAAGACUUGGGUCCAAGAGAUUGAACCAGUAGAAAGGGUGGAACAUGAGGCAGAUCCUGAGAGGGGAACCACAUCCUACUUAGAAAAUUUUCUGCCAGAUGUCUCUUGUUGGGACAUUGAUCAGGAGGAUGGAAAUAUACCUCAGGAAGUUCAAGUGGAUUCCAAUCAUCUCCCAUUGGUAAAAGGGGCAGAUGAUGAGCAAGUAUUUCAGUUUUAUUGGCUGGAUGCUUAUGAAGAUCCAUACAACCAACCAGGUGUGGUUUUUCUGUUUGGUAAAGUAUGGAUUGAAUCAGCCAAAACCCAUGUGAGCUGUUGUGUUAUGGUGAAAAAUAUUGAGCGAACACUCUUCUUCCUUCCCCGUGAAAUGAAAAUUGACCUAAACACAGGGAAAGAGACAGCAAUUCCAGUUACAAUGAAGGAUGUUUAUGAAGAAUUUGAUUCAAAAAUUGCAGCAAAAUAUAAAAUAAUGAAGUUCAAGUCCAAGAUAGUGGAAAAGAACUAUGCUUUUGAGAUACCUGAUGUUCCAGAAAAAUCUGAGUAUUUAGAAGUUAGAUACUCGGCAGAACUGCCACAGCUUCCACAGAAUUUAAAAGGAGAAACAUUUUCUCAUGUAUUUGGAACUAACACGUCUAGCUUGGAACUGUUUUUGAUGAAUAGGAAGAUCAAAGGACCUUGUUGGCUUGAAGUAAAAAAUCCACAACUCUUGAAUCAGCCCAUCAGUUGGUGUAAAUUUGAGGCAAUGGCUUUGAAACCAGACCUGGUGAAUGUAAUUAAGGAUGUCAGUCCUCCUCCACUUGUGGUGAUGUCUUUCAGCAUGAAGACAAUGCAAAAUGUACAGAACCAUCAACAUGAGAUUAUUGCUGUGGCAGCUCUGGUCCAUCACAGUUUUGCAUUAGAUAAAGCACCUCCAAAGCCUCCCUUUCAGACGCAUUUCUGUGUUGUGUCUAAACCAAAGGACUGUAUUUUCCCAUGUGAUUUCAAAGAAGUCAUUAAGGAAAAGAAUAUGAAGGUUGAGGUUGCUGCAACAGAAAGAACCUUGCUGGGAUUUUUCCUUGCAAAAGUUCACAAAAUUGACCCUGAUAUUCUUGUGGGUCAUAAUAUUUGUGGUUUUGAACUGGAAGUGCUACUGCAAAGAAUUAAUGAGUGCAAGGUUCCUUACUGGUCCAAGAUAGGUCGGCUGAGGAGAUCCAACAUGCCAAAACUUGGGAGCCGGAGUGGAUUUGGUGAAAGAAAUGCUACCUGUGGCCGAAUGAUAUGUGAUGUGGAAAUUUCAGCAAAAGAAUUGAUUCAUUGUAAAAGCUACCAUUUGUCUGAACUUGUUCAGCAGAUUCUGAAAACUGAGAGGAUUGUAAUUCCAACAGAAAAUGUACAAAACAUGUAUAGUCAAUCUUCUCAUCUGUUGUACCUGUUGGAACACAUCUGGAAAGAUGCCAGAUUCAUUUUGCAGAUCAUGUGUGAGCUAAAUGUUCUUCCAUUAGCAUUGCAGAUCACUAACAUCGCUGGGAACAUUAUGUCUAGGACACUGAUGGGUGGACGAUCUGAGCGCAACGAGUUUUUGUUGCUUCAUGCAUUUUAUGAAAACAACUAUAUUGUGCCUGACAAGCAGAUUUUCAGAAAACCUCAGCAAAAACUGGGAGAUGAAGAUGAGGAAAUUGAUGGGGAUACCAAUAAAUACAAAAAAGGACGUAAGAAAGCAGCUUAUGCUGGAGGCUUGGUUUUGGACCCAAAAGUUGGUUUUUAUGACAAGUUCAUUUUGCUCCUGGAUUUCAACAGUUUAUAUCCUUCCAUCAUUCAGGAAUUUAAUAUUUGUUUUACAACAGUGCAAAGAGUUGCUUCAGAGGUGCAGAAAGCUACAGAGGAUGAGGAACAAGAACAGAUCCCUGAGUUGCCAGAUCCAAACUUAGAUAUGGGCAUUUUGCCCAGAGAGAUCCGAAAACUGGUAGAGCGGAGAAAACAAGUCAAACAGCUAAUGAAACAGCAAGAUUUAAAUCCAGACCUUGUUCUUCAGUAUGAUAUCCGACAGAAGGCUUUGAAGCUCACAGCAAAUAGUAUGUAUGGUUGCCUGGGAUUUUCAUACAGCAGAUUUUACGCUAAACCACUGGCUGCCUUGGUGACAUACAAAGGAAGGGAGAUUUUGAUGCAUACGAAAGACAUGGUACAGAAGAUGAAUCUUGAAGUUAUUUAUGGAGACACAGAUUCAAUUAUGAUAAAUACCAAUAGCACCAACUUGGAAGAAGUAUUUAAGUUGGGAAACAAGGUAAAAAGUGAAGUGAAUAAAUUGUACAAACUGCUUGAAAUAGACAUUGAUGGUGUUUUCAAGUCUUUGCUGUUGCUGAAGAAAAAGAAAUAUGCUGCUCUCGUUGUUGAACCAACAUCAGAUGGGAAUUACAUUACCAAGCAGGAGCUGAAAGGAUUAGAUAUAGUUAGAAGAGACUGGUGUGAUCUUGCCAAGGACACUGGAAACUUUGUCAUUGGCCAAAUCCUUUCUGAUCAAAGCCGGGACACCAUUGUGGAAAACAUUCAGAAGAGGUUAAUAGAAAUUGGAGAAAAUGUGCUAAAUGGCAGUGUCCCAGUGAGCCAGUUUGAAAUUAACAAGGCAUUGACAAAGGAUCCCCAGGAUUACCCUGAUAAAAAAAGCCUACCUCAUGUACAUGUUGCACUGUGGAUAAAUUCUCAAGGAGGCAGGAAGGUGAAAGCUGGCGAUACGGUGUCCUAUGUUAUCUGUCAGGAUGGGUCAAACCUCACUGCAACUCAGAGGGCCUAUGCACCUGAGCAAUUGCAGAAACUUGACAAUUUAGCCAUUGACACCCAAUACUAUUUGGCCCAGCAGAUCCACCCUGUUGUGGCUCGGAUUUGUGAGCCAAUAGAUGGAAUUGAUGCUGUACUCAUUGCAUUAUGGCUAGGACUUGACUCCACUCAAUUUAGAGUUCAUCAAUAUCACAAAGAUGAAGAGAAUGAUGCUCUCCUUGGUGGUCCGGCACAGCUAACUGAUGAAGAGAAAUAUAAGGAUUGUGAAAAAUUCAAAUGCCUUUGUCCUUCAUGUGGAACUGAAAAUAUUUAUGAUAAUGUCUUUGAAGGCUCGGGAAUGGAUAUGGAGCCCAGCUUGUAUCGUUGCAGUAAUGUUGAUUGUAAGGAUUCACCAUUGACCUUUAUGGUACAGCUGAGCAACAAAUUGAUUAUGGACAUUAGACGUUGCAUUAAAAAGUACUAUGAUGGCUGGUUGAUAUGUGAGGAGCCAACUUGUUGCAGUCGCCUUCGACGUCUUCCCCUUCAUUUCUCCAGAAAUGGGCCUCUGUGUCCAGCCUGCAUGAAAGCUGUGCUUAGACCAGAGUAUUCUGACAAGUCCCUGUACACCCAGCUGUGCUUUUACCGGUACAUUUUUGAUGUGGACUGUGCACUGGAAAAACUUACUGAACAUGAGAAAGAUAAAUUGAAGAAGCAGUUUUUUACUCCCAGAGUUCUUCAGGACUACAGAAAAGUCAAGAACAUAGCAGAGCAGUUCUUGUCCUGGAGUGGCUACUCUGAAGUGAACCUCAGCAAGCUCUUCGCCAAUUACGCUGGGAAGUACUGAGAGACCCAGGAAGGAAGCCAGCUGCCAAAUCUGAGCUUCUGAGGCCUCCACCUGCCCUAACUGCUUCACCUGUAUCUUGCUUUUCUUUUGAGGACUGCACACUCUGUUGAUGUAGAUGUGGACGAGGGUGGGAGUGUAAAAAUACUUAAGUUACCAAAUAGUUUUCAUAGCACUAUGCAUCUCCAAGCCUUUUCCUAAGUACCUACAGACCUAUUUCUUAUUGGGGACUGGAUUUCUGCAGGGCAGAAAUUGCUACUUUAAUUGAGAGUACCUGAGAUGUAAGUGACCUUCAGUUUACCCUGGGGCUGUAUCAGAGACACCCCUAAAAAAAGAGUUUUAUGGGGUCUAAUGGAAGUUCUAACAUUUUGCUUUUUCACAUGUCAGUUAAACCCAGUCUGUGUCUAAAGACUUGUUCAGUUACUAGCUACAAGCAUGGUGGCUGAUUUCAGUGCUGUCUUUCAUAGAAGUGGUGCAGGUGGUGGUGGGGGAGGGAUUUACAAAGUUUGCACUUACUAAAUGCAAAGAAGAAGUUUGCUUAUUGAAUUGUUCAAAGUUCAACAUUCACCACAUGUUUCACUCACAUUCCUUCUGUUUUCCCUUUACAUAGAAUGUUCAAAGUGGAGGUUUAUACAAUAGGAAAGCACAUUUUAAAUACUUUGUCCUAACAUUUCACAAAAAGUAUGGUGAGGUUGUGGUAAGGAUCACUAUGUUCCAUUCAGAAGAAUGGGAGACAGCUGACAGGACCCAGUGCUUGCUUUAUCCCUUCAGUUCUUCAGAAUAGUAGUCUCUUUGAAGCAAUAAACUAUAUUUCAAUAUGGCAGCCUUAAAUACUUAUCUAUUUGUCUUUUUAUAAAGAAAAAUGUAUUGUGUUCUGUACUUAAGAAUAAAGUUUUCUAAAGUAAAACCA